UAUGAUUUCUGAAUCAGAUGACGUUUGAAGUCUGAAAGCAUCAACUGAGAUUCCACCAACGAACGGCACUCGACGGUUUUUUCGAGUUGGUUAUAUAAAUACGUUCACACCGUCGCGUCCAUUUCGUUUUCCAAUCUCUCACUCUCUUCUCCAAUCCCAUUUCAGGCAAAGUUUGCCUUUGAAGGAAUCAAGUAAGUCUUGUAUGUGGAUUUUGUGGUAUUGAUUUUCAAUAUCCGCUUUAUGGUUUGAGCUUCUAUUAAGAAACUGAGAUACGAGCUGAUCACAUAGGAGUAUCCAGUACUCUCUCAGAUUUCAUGCCUGCCAUGAAAAAGAAUCCUGAGCUAACUUGUAUUGGUUCUGUAUUCAACAUGUUGGGGAAGGAGCUUGGAGAACCUGUAGACUUUGAACUUCCAGAUUCAUUUAAUAAAUCCAAGCCAAUGCAGUACACCUAUAUAAAACGCAAUAUAUAUCUCACUAAGAAGGUCAAGAGAUCCCGGUUUGAUGAUGAUGGCAUAUUCUGUUCCUGUACUCCUUCCCCUGGAUCUACUAGUGUAUGUGGUAGAGAUUGCCACUGUGGAAUGCUUCUGUCUAGCUGUUCAUCAGGCUGUAAAUGUGGGAGCUCCUGUCUCAACAAACCAUUUCAGAACCGUCCUGUGAAAAAAAUGAAAUUGGUCAAGACCGAGAAAUGUGGUUCUGGAAUUGUGGCGGAUGAAGAUAUCAAGCUUGGGGAGUUUGUCAUUGAAUAUGUUGGAGAAGUCAUUGAUGACAAAACAUGCGAGGAAAGGCUUUGGAACAUGAAACAUAGUGGGGAAACAAACUUCUACUUAUGUGAAAUCAAUCGAGAUAUGGUGAUAGAUGCAACAUACAAGGGAAACAAAUCAAGAUACAUCAAUCAUAGUUGCUGCCCCAAUACUGAGAUGCAGAAAUGGAUAAUUGAUGGUGAAACAAGAAUUGGCAUAUUUGCAACUCGUGACAUACAAAAGGGCGAGCAUCUUACUUAUGAUUACCAGUUUGUUCAAUUUGGUGCAGAUCAAGAUUGCCACUGUGGUGCUGCUGAGUGUAGGCGUAAGUUGGGUGUCCGACCUACCAAGUCUAAACUUUCUUCAGAUGCUGCAUUAAAAUUAGUUGCAUAUCAGGUUUAUCAGAAUGGAGGUUUGCAAAUUGGAAGUUCUCGUGUUGUUGACCAACCAAAGUGCUUGCACAAUUGCAUUGGUGAAGUUAUUAGGAUAAAACAUCUUGAAAAUGAGAGGUUUGGAAUUAUUAAACGAUUUGAUAAGUAUUCCCGAAAACAUUCGAUCAUGUUUGAGGAUGGUUGUGUUGAAAUUUAUGACAUGUCAAAAGAGGACUUUGAACUUGUGAGAUAGUGAUGCAACUGUUGGGUGCAGGUGAAAGGAAUUGAAAAGCUGAAAAUUGGACUCAUUAUUCUUUCAUUGCAUGUGCAUAAUUCUUGUAGUUGCUGAGGCUCUUAUCAACAGAAUAUGAAGCGGAAUAGCUCAACACAACUCUUACUGAUUGAAGAUAAUAAAUUCCUUUUUCUACUAACAAACUGUAUUAUCGUGUAAACAACAUUGUUGUUCAAGGUUCUGGAAAUAAACCUUGUAUUUUUUAAAAUCCUGAAAGUACUGUAAAAUGAGAAUCAUCUUGUACCAUUAGCUAGGAUGUGUAGUUGUUGUUUCAAGUGUAUUCUUUUACUUUCUUCCUAUUUUUCUAGUAUAAGGUUAUUGAUAAAUGUGGGAGUUUCGAUUAGGAAAAACUUGUUUUAAUAUGCAAUUACCCUUUGAUCAAUGCUAAAGACAUGUACCCUAUGAAGUGGGUCACAUUAA